AUGAAGGAUAAUACCAUGGAUGUCGCUGAGUGGAAAGAGCUACUCAAAGACAUCUUGGGCAUCGAAGAUCAAGUCGUCCUCACACGGGGAUCUGAUGAUGGGGCUGUGAGACGACCUGGUUUGUUGACUAUCGCAGCGGCUGUAGAGAACAUCAGGGCACAGAAGAAGGAUGAGAAAACGAAUGGAGGAUCCCCUCCUUCCGCUGACAAAGAUUCUUCUCAGCCUUCUCAAGGACCCCGUGCACCUCCUUCCUCUUUCACGGAAGGAGCUGAAGAGAUUCAGAAGAUCGAGAAGUCAGAGAAGCAAGAGAGCGAUAAACGCGUGGAGAUGUACAACAAUUUACUGUCAGAGUUGGAGAGAUUGAAAAAGGAGAGGGAUGUGUUGGAGGAGGAGAGCAAAAAGCUCAGGGAGGCGCUACAUGCUACUAAGGACACAGCAACUCAACCAACAGUUGUGUUCCAACACCGCGAGCUAGACGAUCACUGGCAGAGCAAGCUUGCACAGCUCAGCGCAGCUAAGACGACAGAGAAGAUGUUGGAAGCGCUUCAUCAGCAGAUUGCGUCAGGAGACGAGGUCCUGCAGUCUCACAGCCUGUCAUCGGGAGCUAUCAACGAGCGAGGAGUCGACCUGUCGAAAGAGAAGGGCCUUUCUGAAGAUUCAACUCUUGAGCAGGUUCAGGGCAGAAUCAGGCAAGUUCUGGUUGAGCUGCACCUGCGAACGCGACUGGAAGCGCAGCGGCUGCGAGAGGCCGUGAAGAUGACAGAGGAUGCGGUCCAGUCCGAGCAGAUGCAGAAGCUUUCUCUUCAGCUAGUGGCGCAGGAGAACGAGCUGCAGAGAUUGAUGGAGAUGAAGGUGGAAGAGAUUCGCAGGCAUGCAGAAGAGGAGAUCUCGAAGAUCGAUGAGACUUACGACCAGAGGAUCCGGGAGGAAUGGGUGCAGGUGAACACGCAAGCUGAACAGCUCCACGAUCAUGCGUUGAAGAUCAAGGAGAUACAGCUCGCCCUGGAGAGCGAGAGAGAGCUGGAGAAGGAGCGGGAGAACCUCAAGAAAUAUUUCGAGCAAACAUCGCAGACGUACGUGGGGAGGAUCAAGACGCUGAAAGAAACCGUCUACAAGUUCAACGAAGACUACGUGCAUCAGCUGUCCUUGGCAGCGGACGCGCUCAAGGAUGCUGUCGAAUCCGGCAGAAACUGUUCCAAGGAGGUCAAGUUCCUUAGGAAGCUGGCAGGCAGGCAAGCUCAUGCUCUGGCUCCGUCUGACUGCGGGGCAGGAGGAGAUACAGCUGUUGACGCAGCCUUAUCGACGAUCCCGAUCAAAGACGAGAUGAAUGUCUCGACCAUGGAUGAGCUUCAGACUCGUUUCUUCUCUGCCUCUCUCGAGGCUCGUCGUAGGCUGCUAGAGCUGGUGGGGACAGGAAUGUCCAAACUUUAUGACCUGGGAGGAAGCAUCAACUUCCGCCACCCUUCCCCGACCGAUAGUCUUCCUGAGGGAGACGACCCUGCUGCUGUGCUCAAGAGAGCAGGGAUCUGGGUGUACCGAGGGCGGAUAGCGCAAGCCAUGCAGGAGCUCGAGGUUCUCGAAGGCCGUCCUGCGCAGGCGAUGAGCGGGUGGAUGGAAGAGGCUCGGAGACGGCUGGUGGUGCAGCAGGCGUUGCAAGUGCUUCAUGCGCACAUCUCCCUUUCAUCGACACAACUCGCUUGA